UAACUGUAUUCUUUUUCUGUCAUGUCUGAAUGCGCCGACAUUGAGUUCUCGGCCUUGCUUGAGACCGCAGUGUGCCCAGAUACGUAUCUGAGGCCGAGUGCCAUUCCAAUAGUGCUGGUAGACAGCCACACUGGCGGUCUCGUAAAAAUCUAAUCUUUUCAUUUACCUCUUGUUUUUUUUUUUUGUUUUUCCGUGUCCUCUCUGAAAACUGAUGCGUAUCCAGGUAAGACACCUAGCUAUUGGGUAACCACAAUGAGCUCGAGAAGAACGAGGAACGGCCCCACGCUUAAUUUCAAGGCGGUGCUGCUGGGCGAAGGUUGUGUAGGCAAGACGUCGCUGGUGCUGCGCUACAUGGAAGACCGGUUCAAUUCCCAGCACCUUAGCACCCUGCAGGCUUCCUUUGUCAGCCGCAAGGUGUCCCUAGAGGAUGGGAGAAGAGCGCAGUUGAAUAUUUGGGACACAGCUGGUCAGGAGCGGUUCCAUGCCCUGGGACCCAUCUAUUACCGCGGCUCCGAUGGUGCCCUGCUCGUCUAUGACAUAACGGACCGAGACUCGUUCCAGAAGGUCAAAUCCUGGGUGCGGGAGCUCCGGCAAAUGCGCGGCACGGAGAUUGCCUUAAUUAUCGUCGGCAACAAGACUGAUUUGGAGCAACAGCGAGCAGUGACGCAGGAUGAUGCCCUUCAAUAUGCGCGCACGGUUGGCGCUCAAUAUGUAGAAACUUCGGCCAAGGAGAACGAGGGCGUGGCUGAGCUCUUCGAGCUCCUGACCCAGCUGAUGCUGGAGCAGUUGAGCCAGCGGCAACCUGAUGCGAGUCCACUGCGCCUCCAGAAUCCGGAGCCGGAUACCCUUAACAACUCCGAUGACUCGGAGGCCCCGGAUCCCGGAGAUCCUGCCAGGACCGGCCAGCGGUCCUGCUGCGGCAUUUAGCCGUCCCCAUUGUGAUAGUAAUCAUAACUAUAUAAUAGUAGACCUGUAACCGAUGUUGAUCUUGUGUAUAUAUUAUAAAUUUACUUAUAGCGCGUGUGCUUUGUUAUUAAAUAACCUUA